GCCCAGAGGCCCCUGCCCGACUCCCCACCAGCCCCGGGUCCCUGCAUCGCCGACGCCCAACAUGGACAUCGCCAUCCAGCACCCCUGGUUCAAACGUGCGCUGGGCCCCUUCUACCCCAGCCGGCUGUUUGACCAGUUCUUCGGCGAGGGCCUCUUCGAGUAUGACCUGCUCCCCUUCCUGUCCUCCACCAUCAGCCCCUACUACCGCCAGUCCCUCUUCCGCACUGUGCUGGAUUCCGGCAUCUCCGAGGUCCGAUCUGACCGGGACAAGUUCGUCAUCUUCCUGGAUGUGAAGCACUUCUCCCCGGAGGACCUCACCGUGAAAGUGCUGGAGGACUUUGUGGAGAUCCACGGCAAGCACAACGAGAGGCAGGACGACCACGGCUACAUCUCCCGCGAGUUCCACCGCCGCUACCGCCUGCCUUCCAACGUGGACCAGUCUGCGCUCUCCUGCUCCCUGUCCGCGGACGGCAUGCUGACCUUCUCUGGCCCCAAGGUCCCGUCUGGCGUGGACGCCGGCCACAGCGAGAGAGCCAUCCCCGUGUCGCGGGAGGAGAAGCCCAGCUCUGUGCCCUCGUCCUAAGCUCGGCCCCGGCCUCGGCUGCCACCCGCUGCUGCCCCCACGGCCCACCGAUCUGGGGGCAACCCUAGAACGUGGGGUGUGCGUCUCCCUUGGCCUUCCCUGAUUCCAUUUCUUUCUCCUCCUCUCCGAGGGAACGAGGGUUUGAGAGGGCAGCCUGGAGGGCUUGGGGCCUCGGCCUGAGGUCCUGCGACCUCGGGGGGACCCAGGUCCCCAUGCCGGCCAGCUGGUGAGGGCCCUCGCCGUCCCGGCAGCUUGAGACCACAGCCCCGGGCUCCCGGAGGAUGCGGCCUCUGGGUGACCUCUGGGUGCACCUUGACCCUUGUUGGUGGGCGCCCGCAUCGGGACCCGGCCGUGGGUCCCACCCACGUUUCCUGGGUGCCCUGAGGUCCGUCUGGCAGAGGCGCCUGUGUGCCCGGGCUCUCCGCAGCCUGCUCCUCCCAGACCACCUUCCCUCCACCCUCCUCUCCGUAGUACCGCCCCCGGGGCACCCGGGCACCCUUGACAAUGCAGCCUGUGGCAGUCAAUAAAGAGCAGGUGACACAAGCAA